UGAUGAAAAAUUAUCUUGUUUUUGGCAUCACCUGUCUAAUCAGCGCAUCAUCGUUUUCCUUCGUGGUGGAGGCGGCCACAAUUGGUCGAAAUGGUCGUCCACGUCUUACCCUAUCGAUGACUGCGCAGUCUAGGAGUGCCAUCCAAUCGAUGCGUGAGUUCGCCCUAUAUAUGGGUCCCAAAGGAUUGCAGCCCACACCCGAGGAGUCCUCACGCCAGCGUAUGCUGGAUUUUGAGCUUAUUCCCCCAGCACAACGCCAAAUGUUGGCGGAUGACGAAAGCUUGCCCUAUGAAUUGAGAAGUCAAUUACCGGAGUUCCAAGCGAAACAGAAUGCUGGCAAUCCACGCGGCAUCAAGUGCAGGAGAAGGGCUGACUUACAACAAGAAAGGGAUGUAGAAGGGAAUAAGAAGGAUGCUGCAGGAUCUGGCAGCUCUGAUACAGAGUUUGCUGAGUGUAAUGUCUCUGAUGAAGAUUCUAACGACACUUCAGGAGCGGACGAUCCAUUGAUUGCGAUUCAAUUUGUAUUUUCUAUGAUAUCGUUCGCCCCACUAGUCCCACUAGUACUAUUGUAAUUACUAUAAAUUCGUUUCGAGUAAUUUUGUAA